AGGUGGCGGCGGCAUCGGCGGCGGCCGUGUUGGCGUUGGUGCUGCUCCUUCGCUCUUUGCUUUGCUUCCCGCCACCAGCAUCCAGAGUUAAUUCAUGAAGUUGUGCCUCCUGUUUAAUCAAGAAUGGAAACGUCUGCCAACACAGAGGAAUGUGAAAAGCUCUCUUUUGAAAAGGCAAAAGCAUCGAUAGGUACAGACACAGCGUCUUCUUUCGGUACUGAUGAGAACACAACUGCUCCUGGGACUGGGCUUUCUGAAAAGGCUCCUACCUGUGGGCAAGUGGACAAUGGAAGGAAGAGAAAAGUAGAGCCUGAAGGCGAUCUUGUAAAGGAAGGUUCUAGCUAUCGGGGAGACACUCCAUCCAAGGAAAGAACACUUGCAAAGGAAAGGUUCAGUGGUGGGGAAGAGGGUUCAUUGAAGAAAAGAAAACUUGAAGCUGAAAAUGUCCUGGAGGAAAAAGGUGCUGGUGAUGAUGAAGGCAUUUCAAGGAAAAGAGGGCUGGAACCUGAUGGUUUUCCAGAAGACGAACCUUCUCCUGGAGAUGGCACUCAGAAAAAGAGAAAGAUAGAAUUCGAGGAUGUUCCUGAAAAGCAAAAGGCCCUUCCCAGCCCGCUCUCUCCGGGAGACUCCGGGCGGCUCCAAGAAGCGGCGCGGCCAGUCCCCACCCGGUCGGGGAGCUACCACGGCGCGCGCUCUCUAGAGCAGGCCGUGUUGCCUCGGGCUGUGCGUCCAAGGAGUCCCCGCAGAGGUAUCGAAGGAACUGUGCUAAGGCGGAUAGCCCGCCUAACGAAGCCUGAGCUCAUCUGGUACCUGAACGCUGGUGGCGGGACACGAAGCAAAGAGCAAAGGAGCACCGCCGCCGCCUCUGCCGCCACCGCUGCCGCCACCACCUUAACGAAACGUGCCCCAAAGAUCUAUUUGCGGAAACGGUUCCCACGUUCCGCGGUCUUUGUGACGCCACUUCCUGACGGCGCGCGCAACAAGCGCACACCCGACGGUUGCGUCUCGUUUCGACUCCAUCUACAACUACAAGUCCCAUGGUGCUGCGCGUGGCGGCGUUCUGAGGCUGCUUGUACAUUGUUAGUAGGCGCGUAUUUGGGAGAGGUUGCUGGGUGUCCCGCGUCCAUCAUUCUGGCAGAUUCCGGCAUACGGACCAUGUCAAAUCUGAUCCAUGCAAGGCCAGCUCUGGACAAUGCGGAAGCAAGCUUUCAUACCCAAAUCAAGUUCAAAGCUCAACCAUAUCCUACAAGCGAGAAUUCCAGACGUGCCUCUGAGAAGGUGGAUGACUAUGAACACGUGGCUAAGUACAUGAAAAACACUCAAGUAAAGUUACCUCUGGGAACCUUAAGUAAAUCAGAAUGGGAAGCUACAAGUAUUUACGUGGUUUUUGCAUUUGAGAAGCAGCAAUAAUAAGCACGUGUUCUGCGGCACCAGAACAGCUGUUGUAUCUUACGCCGUUAUGAAUGAUCCAUCUGAGAGAGACUGGAUAACUCUCUGUUUGCUGCUUUUCAUUUCUAAAUGUGCAGAGUACUGCCUAGAAGACCCCAGUGUAUAAAUCUGACCAUUGCUCUCUGUGACCGAUGAACAUUUGUGUGUGUGUGUAUAAGAAUGAGUUGGGGCCUUUACGGGUCUUCCUUGUAUGUGAUGUCUGAAGGAUUCCAUUCGGCUCUAUUGUUACUGUCUUAGUGCAUCAGAAUUAUAACACAAUAUGUAAAAGCCUCUGACAUCUUUCCAUGGUGCUGUCAUUUUUUCACUGUGUCUUUAUGGGAUUAAAGUUACUGCCUUGGAGGAGUUGAUGGGGGAACUGACUUGUUAGGGUGGGGGUGUGGUGUGACAUGCCCAUUUCUCUACUUUUGUUACAUAGUGUUUUUCAAGAUCGGGUGUGUUGUAGGUCUUCAACAUAGGUUCCUGAGUUGUUACUAAAGCAGUUUUCGAUGGUCAUAGGAGUCACUUACAUAGCCUUUUAGCCAGUUGUCUCUCUUCAUUAUAGAUAGCCAUAGCCUUAUUUGGUAGCAUGAUGCAAUUCUGGAGCUAAAUAGAACAUUAUGGAUAACAGCAUGGCAAUGUUUUGUACCAGGGGUUGUUGGGGCUUCUCUUGAGUCUGCCCCACAUGAUUUAUUUUUCCAAGUGUUAAGGACUAGUUACCUUUCUUUGUUGACCCAAAUUUCUGUAGUUCUCCUCAAUGUUAGAUCCAGGCUCCUGAUGGUAGGUGCUUCUAGACCCCUUGCCCAUUCUGGCCCAGAAAGAAGCCCCACCCGUCCGUCCCUCUGUCACAAGGUGCUAUUUUGCACAGUAGGAGUGGGCAUCUCAUCACCAUUCAGAAUUUCUGAUUGCCAUAUCAGAACUAUUAAAAGAGUACUCCGCCCUGACUUCUUGGUGGACAGCAUUUCCACCACUGACCCCCGUGUGAACUUUUGUCCUUCCUUUGCAUCUCCUGGGAAAUGGGAAUGACACCUGCCCUGAUACAAGAUAUGAAAUACUUAGAAGUGAUUGUUGCAUGAUUUUGUACAAGUCAUUUCAUGAUUUAAUGCAUGGUUUCAAAAGACAUUACUUUCUAAUCUUGCCUAUCGUGCUUGUUAAGAAGUGUCAUCUCAAUUCAUUUGUGUAUGUUGAUUGUUCAGUGUUAAGAGUUGGAGUUCUUUUAUCAGGGAAACUCAAUUUACCUAGUGUGUUUCUUUUACAGCCUCCAUCUCCAAACUGUCUUUUUUUAUUUUUCAAACUUUGUAGUUUGCAAAACUUAAAUGCUUUUGCCUUAGAGGUAGCUUGACAUAAGCCUCUUGGGGGAAAUAAACAGUAGUACAUCUGUC